AUGGACAACCGAUCCAUUAGCGAAGUAGAAUCUGAGCUGGAUCAAGUCAAGCAAAAAUUAAGCACAACUGAAGAUACUGUUGCAUACCUUUCCGACAAGAUGAUGACAUACAGGUAUAGAUGGCUUGAGGAAUACUACCGCGCCGAUAACCUCAAGCACCACAUGCCUUCGGAUGUUUGCCUGCCAAUCAUCCCUCAAAUUGCUGAGGGUGCCCCUUCUCCUGGCCUCUCUCCAGAAUUUUUGGAAUGGGAUUUGGAAGACGAACAACCUGCUCUGCCAGUGCGCAUGGGAUUCUGCACCCCCUUGAAUAUCUUUGGACUAGUUCGCCAGUGCUUCUCCAAACUGCCAUCCCACAAUCCCGAAGAGUAUGUCACCAUCACAGACCUCUCCUUUAUACAAGGUAGCCAUCAAGCUAACAAUGAACCGCCUUCACCUGUUACAUCAAACAGCGAUUCUCAGUAUCUUCCAUAUCCUAAUCGCUCUUCCUUCAAGCUAGGUGACUGGUACUGGAAUCAGGGGGUACAAAAAUCACAAGGAGACUACAAGAAACUGAUGGAUAUCCUGGGUAGCAGUACUUUCAAGGCUACCGACAUAAGCUCCACCAAUUGGAAGAAGAUCAAUGCUCAGCUGGGCCUGAAUGAUUACGACAAGGGAGAUGAGGAAGAAUGGGAGGACAAAGACGCUGGAUGGAAAAGAUCACCUGUUUCUAUCAAAGUAUUAUUUUCGUGCACCACUGAAGUGCCAGGCCCGCGCUUUAUCAUGCAGCGAAUUUAUAUCAUCGCUCCAUUAUAG